GCAUAUCUAACAUAAGUGUUAUCUGAAAUCAAGAAAAUGAUAGUGUAAAAACAUAAUUCGUGAAUAUGAAAAUGUACAGUCUGAUCCACUUAUUGAUUAAUUUCCUGUGAUAUUUAUUUGUAAAGACGAUCAAUAUAUUGUAUGCAGAAUGAGUGUUAGGCACACAGCUUGGCGCAGUUCGGAGUGCAUCAUAUAAUUGCAAUCACCAGAAGCAAUGGGCUAUGCAACACGUGACGACGUUGAGCUGGCGGAACAGUGCACGCUGCUCGACGAUCAGGCUGAUGACGAAACGCAUUUAAGUCAGGUAGCAAGUCGUGAUCCAAGAAAACUGCAUCAUCGACGCCAACGUUUGAGAAUUUCAUCGCCAAGGUUUUUACGCAGAAUUUGCCAUUUCGUGCUGUUGAUAUUCGUAUUUCUGUUCUUUCGGUACAUAAUCCUGCCCAACAUUUCAAUAUAUGAACAAAAAAGACAUGUUCCGCUUGCAGAUUGGUCGGCGAAUACCUCGCUGGACAUCAAGGACUACAUACAGGCACAGCAGGAGAGCGCACUCAUAAUACCCCGUGACUUUUGUCGUAAUAAAACGUUUCUGAUUAUUGCCGUCUGUACCGGCUUAAACAAUUUCGUGGAACGACAAACAAUACGAGAAACCUGGGGAAAUACAACAGAAUUCAAUUACCCGGCUUUUGCCAAGCUGCACGCACACCUGAAAGGCCCUUAUCAGCCGCCAAUGGAAAAACGUUUGCAGUUCUAUGCGGACUAUCUGAAAGGCGAGGGCGAAAACCUAACGGCAAGUGUACGCAUUAUAUUCAUAGUCGGUCGCCAAAGCUAUGAAUCACACUUGGGCAAUGAAACCCUGGUGCGAUUGCACAGCGAAGCGGAGCUCUACAAUGAUAUUAUUCAAGAGGACUUCAUUGAUACGUACAAUAACCUCACUUUGAAAUCUGUGAUGGCACUGAAGCACAUUAGCAAAAGUUGUUUGAAGACUUGCGCUUACUUUCUUAAAUGCGAUGAUGAUACGUUCGUCAACGUACCCAAUCUAUUGCAUUUUCUACUCGGCGGCACAGUGCCGCUCUAUAACGACACGCUCGACUAUCAUGAUCGUGGCUCGAUGGUGGUGAUGGCUCAGCGCAAUAGAUUGAAUGCCACAAGUAACGUCAUGAUAGGGCAUCAGUUUUGUAAUGUGGUGCCCGUCAGCGAUGUCAGCAGCAAGUGGUAUAUCCCAUACUAUAUGUAUCAGGACGAAGUAUAUCCCAAGUAUCUAUCUGGUGCCGGUUAUCUAAUGUCCAUAGAUGUGGUCGAACGUCUAUUUGAGGCCUCUCUAAAUACAUCAUUAAUUUACCUUGAAGAUAUUUAUAUAACUGGACUUUGCGCCAAUCGCGCGAAUAUCAAGCGAAAACAUCAGCCUCUCUUUAGCUUCACGAGCUCUCCACAUUUGUGCGCCUUCAAGGGCAGCAUCACCCAGCAUCAGGUCAAGGAAGCGAGCAUGGUCGAAGCAUAUCGGUUUGUAACUAAUUAUACCAAAAUAUGUCCGCCACCGGGACGUUACUUAAAUCAUAUGCGAUUAAGGAAUCGAAAUAAUUGUUAGAUAAGAAAAGAAGCGCUGUGAAUAUGCCUCUUUCCCCCUUUCUGUCUUCAUAUAGAAAAGAAGAAGCACAAUUUUGACUUUCUUUGUAUAAAUACGAGUUAAACGAGAUUAUCCAUGAGAUAUACUGUGUUUACACAGAAUACUAUUCUUGAAAACAAUUGCGCACAGACAUAAUAUAUAACAUAUAUAUCCAAAAUAGUCCCUUUUUUGUUCCUGAGAUUAUAUUUCGCAUCGAUUUGAAGUGCUGUUUAUCUUUAGAAAAUAGUUCUAUAUAUGUAUAUGUAUCAGAGUUUUUAUAGCUGUAAAAACUUUAAAUAGUUCAGUUGCUCAUUCUUUAUCAAUCAAGAAUAGUAUAAAUGCCGAAAUACUUGCAAAUAGCUCUUUUGGCUGUAACACGAGGGUAGUUUACAAAAUUGCCAAAAGCUUAGUAUUAUUUUAAUAAAUUUGGAAUGUAA